CGUCUAAUCUCGUACUUGUCUCUCAUACCUGUAGCAUCUAUCGGGAAACCCUCUACAUUCCUACUUCCAGCACUCAUCCACCGAGUUUCUUCUCUCCUACGACAUGGCUACCAACGGCACCAACGGCGCUCACAGUCCUCACCUGCCCUACCGUCUCGAUGGCAAAGUAGCCCUUGUCACCGGCUCUGGCCGCGGCAUCGGCGCCGCAAUGGCUCUCCAGCUCGCUACCUGCGGCGCCAAGAUCAUUGUCAACUACGCAAAGUCCGCUGCGUCAGCCGCAAAAGUGGUCCAAGACAUCAAAAAUCUGGGUUCCGACGCCGUCGCCAUACAAGCUGAUGUAAGCAAGGUACCGGAAAUUGUCCGUCUUCUCGACGAAGCGAAAUCUGCUUUUGGGCGUCUGGACAUUGUGUGCUCGAAUGCUGGCGUUGUGUCCUUCGGGCACCUGGAAGACGUUGACGAGGCCGAGUUCGACCGCGUAUUUUCCACCAAUACCCGCGGCCAAUUCUUCGUCGCUCGCGAAGCAUACAAGCACCUUGGAGCUGGAGGCCGCAUCAUUCUCAUGAGCUCCAACACAGCCGAUUCCUUCACCGUCCCAAAACACUCGCUUUACUCGGCCUCCAAAGCAGCCAUCAAUGCCUUCGUCAGGUGUCUGGCUAAAGACUGCGGCGCAAAGAGAAUAACCAUCAAUGCUGUGGCGCCCGGUGGCAUUCUUACCGAUAUGCUGUUUGAGACAGCCAAGGACUAUAUUCCCAACUCGCAGGAUCUUAGUGAGGAGCAGAUACUGAAGAUCGUGGCAAGCGUCUCGCCUCUUAACCGCUGUGGGCUGCCUGUGGAUAUCGCGCGUGUGGUUUGCUUCUUGGCCUCGGACGAAGCCGAGUGGAUCAAUGGUAAAGUCAUGGGCAUUGAUGGGGGAGCGGCGUAGUCGGCCAUUGGGAUUAUGUAGGGUGCACUAUACUAAGCGACUUGGCGGACAAAAACCAAUUAUGAUCACUCUUAACUAUAUAUAAUUGUGAAAUACUACAUAGUUCCGCACAUACACCGUUACAUACCUAGCCGUGGGCACAAAAAGAUACGUUAAUACCCC